AUGCGGAGCUACGAUUCUGCGAGUCCGGAGGACAACAACGGCGCUGCGGUGCCACUGAUCAAUGUUCACCCGAGGCUAAUGACUCACCGGCGCGACAGUGACUCCCGCUCCAGUUCGGCGCGUCAGACGCCUCGUAGCCCCUGGACAGUCCCCACUAACGCAGAGCUUGCCGAAGCGGGAGUAACCGCGCAGGACGGCGUGGUACGGCAACUUUCUGCGCGCAAUGAGACGUGGGGGUCGCUGGCUGGUCCGCGCGAGAUGCCGUCGCCGAGCAACUCAGUUCACUAUGCCCCAGAGGCGAUCACAACGGGCGGGGUGUUUGGCGAGACACUGCAGUUCAGCGAACCGCAACAGCGCCGCUCUAUUACUGACACCGCGCACGAGCAGCAACCGCAGUCUCAGAAGCGUCAGCCGAUGUAUGACGCACAGUCCAGUGGCGUUGCUCAUUGCUCUGUCGAUGCCAGCAGCUCGCGCAAGCCAAUCCGGCCUGGGCGCAAUAGCCGCAGCUCCAGCGCUCGUUCCCAAUUGAAGAAGAGUGACUCGUACGCGCACAUCACCUCCGUCGUGCACAAGUACCGUGAGAACCGCAUCACUGCCCUGGAGGCUCAGUACAAAGUGAGACGCAGUCAUUCAAACGCAUCAGGCACGCAAGGUUAUGAGCCAAAACAGGACUACAGCUUGUCACCACGCUCGGCGGAGGCCUGGUCCAGCCCCUCAGCUCUGGGUCAUGCCUCCAUGCGUCACCGAAAUGAGUCGUGGCGAGUGUCUUCCACGUCGUAUCGCAGUCGUCAGGGCUCUCCGCUGCCGCAGGCGGUGGUGGAGGAGUACCGCCGUAGUGGUGCGCCGCGCGCCGCCCUCGACGCCCCGCACAUUCGCUACGCCGAAGCACUGUACAGUAUGAACAACUACCGCUCCUCCUCUGCCCAGCGCCACGCGUACAUGUCGUCUAUGCCGAGCAAUGUGACGGCCAACAACCUCCCAGAUGUGGCAACGCGGAUUCCAGACCGUUUCAAGUAUGUUCCGCCCACGGAGGAUGAAAGGCGCCUCCGUCGCGAGGCGACUCUGCGCGCCCUUGAGGAAUGGCGUGAGCGGCAGAGGGUCUUGCUGAAUAGCGGCGAAAAUGGCAACGGCCCCGCAGUCAAACAGGACAAUAAAGCUCGAGCCAAGAGUUGUUCUCACACGCGUACUCAGCGGCUGCAGCCUACUCACUCCACAUAUUCCGCAUCCUAUGCGUCAUUGGAGUCGCGGCCGCAGCAGCUCAACGACGAGAAGGGGUCGAUGGAUCCGCUGCAGAAGCAUUCUGACAUCAUUGAUGACUCGCGCUCCGGUCGAUCAAGGGGAUCUUCCGGACACUCUCCACAGGGUCGUGAAAAGAAACCGAAGGCGAUUAGGGGGGCGCCCAAGCAGCACGAUGACCACCCCUCAAACAAGGAUGCAGACAAGUGGGAGAAGCCACAGUUCUCUACGAGAAAGUGGUCUGGCACUUCAGGUAGUCGCCGCCAAAACAGUACUGGCUUGCGAACCUCAUCGCGCAACAGUCGCGGGGUCCAGCUGACAUCAGCGCGUGGAAAAGGCAGCGUGAACUCGAGCUCCUUUCGCCUAAAGUUGCUGUUUGACGUGUCCGCCCCUUCUGUGCGCAUUACAUAA